GUUUACGUCUUGCUCCGAAGCGGAAAGUAGGUCACGGCUGGCCCCGCUGAGCGCGGCAGCGCAGAGCGGCUGCAGCUCCUGUCCACCAUGGCCAGGCGCCCGCGGAGCAGCAGAGCGUGGCAUUUUGUCUUGAGCGCAGCCCGCCGGGAUGCGGAUGCCCGGGCUGUCGCUCUGGCAGGGACUGCCAACUGGGGCUACGACUCUGAUGGGCAGCACAGCGACUCAGACUCCGACCCUGAGUGCACGUCCCUGCCGUCGUCAAUCCCCAGCGCCGUGCCGGUGACUGGAGAGUCCUUCUGCGACUGUGACAGCCAGAGCGAGGCCUUCUGCGGCAGCCUGCACACUGCCCACCGGGGCCGGGACUGCCGCUGCGGCGAGGAGGACGAGUAUUUCGACUGGGUCUGGGAUGACCUGAACAAGUCCUCGGCCACCCUGCUGAGCUGUGACAACCGGAAGGUCAGCUUCCACAUGGAGUACAGCUGCGGCACGGCAGCCAUCCGGGGCACCAAGGAGCUGGGGGAGGGCCAGCACUUCUGGGAGAUCAAGAUGACGUCGCCUGUCUACGGCACAGACAUGAUGGUGGGCAUUGGGACGUCGGAUGUGGACCUGGACAAGUACCACCACACGUUCUGCAGCCUGCUCGGCCGGGACGAGGACAGCUGGGGCCUCUCCUACACAGGCCUCCUCCACCACAAGGGUGACAAGACGAGCUUCUCCUCGAGGUUCGGCCAGGGCUCCAUCAUCGGUGUGCACCUGGACACCUGGCACGGGACACUGACCUUUUUCAAGAACAGGAAGUGCAUAGGUGUGGCGGCCACGCAGCUGCAGAACAAGAGGUUCUACCCGAUGGUGUGCUCCACGGCGGCCAAGAGCAGCAUGAAGGUGAUCCGCUCCUGCGCCAGCGUCACGUCCCUGCAGUACCUGUGCUGCUACCGCCUGCGCCAGCUGCGGCCUGGCUCCGGGGACACGCUUGAGGGCCUGCCCCUGCCGCCCGGCCUCAAGCAGGUGCUGCACCACAAGCUGGGCUGGGUCCUCAGCAUGAGUCGCCAGCCUCCUGCACCCUCGCCCGCGGCCAGCGGCCCUGAGCCCCGGCACUGCCAGCGGAAGCGCUGCCGAAGGACCUAGCCUGCUCCCUGAUCGAGACCCCUGGGGCUGGGACGGUGCGGUCCUCACCCCGCCUGUGGACUGCCCCAGGGCCGCCGAGGGGAGGACUGAGCUGAGGUCUGUUCCUCUGCCCCUCUGCUGCCUGAGGAUAGGACAGGCCUCACUGCAGGGGCUCGGGGCUAUCAGCCCUAUGACCCCGAGACCCAGCCUGUGUGUUCCGGUGCUGGGCGUAAGAGCAGCUGCCGCCCCAGUGCAUCUGGGCUCAGGCCUGGGGGGCUGGCAGGGGAGGGGCUCGGGGGCUGUGGUUCACUGCCUGCGAGGAGGACGCUCCUUGAGGUCGGCUCUCCCUGCCACCACCAGCCUCAGGUUUUUCUUAACUUGCUUUGCAUGUCGUCAGCUCUGUUCCUCCUGUCUGAGGCUGAAAGCGACCAUAAUAAACUCUAAGUCUGAUGUC